UGCCCAUUUCUCAUCAGCUUUUGGAUCAAUCUCCCCUGAUCUUACGAGAAGUAAAAAGAGAACUUGAUCAAUAUCAAUAUAUGGAGAUUUCGGAAGAAAUGUUAAGCACACUUGUUCCACCUGUGGUGUACUGGGUGGUUUCAGGGAUAUAUGCAUUGCUAGCAAUAUAUCUCAACGAGUACAGAUUGCAUCCGAAAGGUGAUGCAGAAACAAACAACUCUGUAUCCAGAACAACAGUUAUCAAAGGCGUUCUAAUCCAACAAGCCAUGCAAAUGGUAGUAGUCUACAUGGCCACAAAGAUUAGGGCUAAAGAAGGAUUAGCAGCAAAAGAACAACAACCGUCCCUGCCAGUGAUGGCAGUGCAAUGGGUGAUUGCCAUGAUAGUCUUAGACACGUGGCAGUACUUUACUCAUAGAUACAUUCACAUAAACAGGUUCUUGUACAAACAUAUUCAUGCAGUACACCAUGCUCAGAUAGUGCCCUACGUAUAUGGAGCUCUCUAUGGGCAUCCCUUAGAGUCCCUCAUUGUGGAUAUCAUUGGUGGUACUUUGGCCUACUUAAUCUCUGGCAUGACUACUAGAACUAGCAUCUACUUCUUCUCUUUUUCCCUCAUCAAAACUUUGGACUUGCACUCUGGGCUAUGUAUUCCUUGGAAUCCCUUACAAGCUUUCUUCUUUAAUGAUUGUGCUUUUCAUGACACUCACCACCAACUCAAGGGUCACAGGUAUAACUUCUCUCAGCCUUUCUUCAUCUCAUGGGAUAAGAUCCUUGGGACUUACAUGCCAUACAGUGUUGAGAAGAGGACAGGUGGAGGUCUUGAAUUAAAGCUUCUCAAGGAUGCUUAGAGUUGCUGGCAUGCAUUCUUGGACAUGCACUUGCAUGUACUAUCUACAUAGAAUAAUUUGUGUGAGAUUUAUGGUGAUAAAGUCUUUGUUUCAUCAUCAUAAGAUGCAAUUAAGAGCUUUUUUUUUU